AUCAAGUUCAAUCUUUUUGAAGCCUGCUACAAGCGAUUACAUUGUCAGAGAUACUGGAAACUGCAGUCCACGUUACAUGAGGUGCACCAUUAAUCAGAUCCCUUGUACAGCUGAUCUUUUAUCAACAUCAGGAAUGCAGUUGGCUUUGUUGGCCCAACCAUUGGCCCUUCCUCAUCCAUCAGAGGAGCCUAUUCAAGAAUGUUUACUUGCUUUAUUUUUCUAACCUACAUUUUAUGCUUCCUAGAGAUUGUUUUGAACAAUGAUUUUAUUUCCUGAUUCAAAAAUUAUGAAAAUUGCAGUUACUGAUCAUGCCUUAAAAAUAUCUCUUACUACAGAUUGUAGACUUUGGGGAAAGUGGUCCUGUGCGUUGUUCUCGCUGCAAAGGUUAUAUAAAUCCUUUCAUGAAAUUUAUUGAUCAGGGAAGGAAGUUCAUCUGCAACUUGUGUGGAUUUACUGAUGAUACUCCCCGUGACUACCACUGCAACCUCGGUCCAGAUGGCAGGCGCAGAGAUGCUGAUGAGAGGCCUGAGCUUUGUCGAGGAACGGUUGAAUUUGUUGCCACAAAAGAAUAUAUGGUUCGUGAUCCAAUGCCAGCUGUGUUCUUUUUCCUCAUUGAUGUGUCAAUGAAUGCAAUCCAGACAGGUGCAACUGCAGCUGCUUGCAAUGCUAUCAAUCAAGUUAUUUCUGAUCUUCCAGAAGGUCCUCGAACUAUGGUGGGAAUCGCAACAUUUGACUCUACAAUCCAUUUUUACAAUUUAAAAAGGGCACUGCAACAGCCGUUGAUGCUCAUUGUUCCUGAUAUACAAGAUGUUUAUACCCCUCUGGAAACAGAUGUUAUUGUUCAGCUCUCUGAGUGCCGUCAACAUUUAGAGCUUUUGCUUGAAAGCAUCCCUACAAUGUUUCAGAAUAGCAAAACUGCUGAGUCAUGUUUUGGAGCAGCAAUCAAGGCUGCUUUCUUGGCCAUGAAGAGUACUGGUGGAAAGCUUCUAGUAUUCCAGUCAGUCUUGCCGUCAGUUGGCAUUGGAGCACUCUCUUCAAGGGAAGCUGAGGGUAGAACAAGCAUCUCUGCUGGGGAAAGGGAGACCAAUAAAUUACUUCAGCCAGCGGACAAAACUCUAAAAACAAUGGCAAUUGAGUUUGCUGAGUAUCAGGUCUGUGUUGACCUAUUUAUCACAUCUCAGACUUACGUUGACAUUGCUUCUGUCUCUGUUAUCCCAAGGACAACAGGAGGCCAGGUUUAUUACUAUUAUCCGUUCUCAGCUUUAUCUGAUCCUGCAAAGCUUUACAAUGAUCUUAGAUGGAAUGUUACACGGCCCCAAGGUUAUGAGGCUUUCAUGCGUGUGAGAUGCAGCCAGGGUAUCCAAGUUCAAGAGUACUCUGGAAACUUUUGCAAGCGCAUUCCAACUGACAUUGACCUUCCAGGGAUUGAUUGUGACAAAUCCAUAUUGGUAACCUUAAAGCAUGAUGAUAAAAUGCAAGAUGGAUCAGAAUGUGCUUUUCAGUGUGCACUUCUUUACACCACUGUGUAUGGCCAAAGAAGAAUUCGAGUUACAAACUUAUCUUUGCCAUGCACAAACAUGCUCAGUAAUUUGUUUCGUGCAGCUGACUUGGACACUCAAUUUGCAUGUUUCCUAAAGCAAGCUGCAAGUGAAAUUCCUACAAGCCCACUCAUGCAAGUCAGGGAACAAGUGACAAAUCUCUGCAUCAACAUACUGCUUUCAUACCGUAAAUUUUGUGCUACGGUAUCAUCAUCCGGACAGCUUAUUCUUCCUGAAGCUCUUAAGCUUCUUCCUCUGUACACUCUUGGAUUAAUCAAAAGUCCUGGCUUGAGAAAUGAUGGAAGAGUCGAUGAUCGUUCUUUCUGGAUCAAUUAUGUUUCCUCCCUUCCUACUCCUUCAGCAAUUCCACUGGUUUACCCGAGGAUGAUUGCAAUCCAUGACCUAAUUUCAAAACAGGAGGAUGGAUCUCUUAUUCCACCUAUAAUCCCACUUUCAAGUGAACACGUGAGUGAUGAGGGAAUAUAUCUUCUUGAGAAUGGUGAGGAUGCCCUUGUAUAUAUUGGGGGCUUAGCAAGUUCAAGUACCGUGCAGCAACUUUUUGGGUUUUCAUCUAUUGAUGAAGUUCAUAGUCAGUUGGUACUGCAGCAGUAUGACAACCCAUUGUCAAAGAAGUUCAAUGAUGUGGUAAAUGAGAUUCGGCGCCAGAGAUGUUCCUACCUCCGCUUGAAAUUAUGCAAGAAAGGGGAUCCAUCAGGAUUGCUGUUCUUCUCAUACAUGGUUGAAGACAAGACUGCAAGUGGUCCAUCCUAUGUCGAGUUUCUUGUACAUAUUCAUCGCCAAAUCCAAAUGAAAAUGUCAUGACAAUCUCAAUUUUCUCCAGUCCACAGCUCACACAGUAUUGCUUUUCAGUUUGAUCGUUCAUGGUGAACAAAACUGUAGCUAUAAACCAGAAGAAAGGCAAGAAACUGUGUAGCUUCUCCUACUCCCGAGUGUCUUGUACAUAUUCAGCGGCAAAUCUGAAUGGAAAAUUUUAUGAUUGUGUAAUGCUUCUUGGCUUGGGUUUGUUUCCCUCUGAUGGCAAAAUUGCAGAUUAGAACCUGAGAAAUACAAUAUCUGCUACUAUUUAUAAUUUUGGAAAGCAAUAUGGGAAAGUUUUGCUGCAAUAGGCUUUUAGACACUCCUCCUUUUUAUUUGUUCUUCUUUCUUUUUUUUAAUGUGGAAAGACAGGUAGUGUUCUUGAUAUUACAGGGUCAGUUAAACUGAUAAAAUACUUUUUUUGUA